AUGGUAGAGGAGAUUGAAGACAAGCAACACGUAUUAUUCGGUGGACUAAACAAAGCCGAACAGGUUGACAACUCCAUUGUGUCCUCCUCCCAGAGCGCUAAGAACCUUGGCGUGAUCCUGGACAACACCCUGUCGUUCUCAACUAACAUCAAGGCGGUGGCCCGUUCCUGUAGGUUCAUGCUCUACAACAUCCGCAGAGUACGACCCUGCCUCACACAGGAAGCGGCGCAGGUCCUAAUCCAGGCACUUGUCAUCUCCCGUCUGGAUUACUGCAACUCGCUGUUGGCUGGGCUCCCUGCAUGUGCCAUUAAACCCCUACAACUCAUCCAGAACGCCGCAGCCCGUCUGGUGUUCAACCUUCCCAAGUUCUCUCACGUCACCCCGCUCCUCCGCUCUCUCCACUGGCUUCCAGUUGAAGCUCGCAUCCGCUACAAGACCAUGGUGCUUGCCUACUGUGAGGGGAACGGCACCUCAGUACCUCCAGGCUCUGAUCAGGCCCUACACCCAAACAAGGGCACUGCGUUCAUCCACCUCUGGCCUGCGCGCCUUCCUACCACUGAGGAAGUACAGUUCCCGCUCAGCCCAGUCAAAACUGUUCGCUGCUCUGGCCCCCCAAUGGUGGAACAAACUCCCUCACGACGCCAGGACAGUGGAGUCAAUCACCACCUUCCGGAGACACCUGAAACCCCACCUCUUUAAGGAAUACCUAGGAUAGGAUAAAGUAAUCCUUCUCACCCCCCCCCCCUAAAAGAUUUAGAUGCACUAUUGUAAAGUGGCUGUUCCACUGGAUGUCAUAAGGUGAAUGCACCAAUUUGUAAGUCGCUCUGGAUAAGAGCGUCU